AUAUUUAUUUUAUAUCUUCUCUAUAUGUACUUAUACAAUUCUGUUUUCACAAUGUUACUUACCUGAAAACUCACGAUUACGUUACGAUUACUCGGAAACGGCUAGACAGAUUCUCAUGAAAUUUUGUAUGCGUAUUGGGUAGGUCUGAGAAUCGGCCAACAUCUAUUUUUUAUACCCGUUUUUUGACAAGAGUACGGUAGAAUAAAGUUUGCGGGGCAACUAGUAUUAUGUAAAACUGUGGAGAUCGCGUCGCGUGACCGUGGUUAGGAACGAACGUGAAAAUUACUUUAAAUUUUGAAAUAUUGUUAUUUUCUUUUCAUAUAUUGAGAUUUCCUUUACAUUUAGAUGUUAAAUGAUUGAAACUAAGAAAUUUAUAUCCCAAAAAACCUACAUAUCUAACUGUUUUUUGUCUGAUGUAACAAACGCCACUUCUUACUUGCAAUCAUGGUUUCUAUCGUCUAACCUUCAGACGCAAGAGUCUUAGAGCAGCUAUAUUUAUUAAAAUAAAACAUACAUUUUCUGAAAUAAAAUAAGUAAGUACUAUUAUGAAAUAUGGUAAAGGUAAUUGGGGUAAUAUAUGGUAUAUAAAUAUAAUAAUAUGGACCCCACUCUUUAUUGUAUGAGUUAACAUUGUGCAAGCUCUAACAUAAAUAUCCUUUACAUAUUAAAGUUUGAAUCAUGCGUAUUACGACCGUCGAAAAGAUCGAUUGAGCACUAGGACCGCGCGUUAGUCGUCAUCUCUCGGUAUCCUGCAGAAAAAUAAGAAAAACAGUGUUUACAAACUUUAGGCUUCUUCAUUUGUCAACUUAUAUUCAAAUUUGAUAUCUACAAUGCCACUGCAACUUGAUAUCAAGAAAACCCUGUCGGCAAAUUCGGAUCGCGUUAAAUGUGUGGAUCAACACCCGACGGAGCCCUGGCUUCUUUGCUCACUAUAUAGCGGAGCAGUUAAUAUAUGGAACUUCGAGACGAUAAAACAAAUAAAAACAUUCACAGUUUGUGAUUUGCCAGUGAGAACAGCGAAGUUUGUUGCAAGAAAGAAUUGGGUGAUUACAGGCUCAGAUGAUAUGAAAUUAUCAGUUUACAAUUAUAAUGUUUUAGAAAAAGUAUAUCAUUUUAAAGCGCACUCUGAUUACAUCAGAUGUAUUGCUAUACAUCCAGCAGAGCCCUACGUCUUAAGUUGUGGAGACGACAAGCUGAUCAAGUUGUGGAACUGGGAUUCUAAAUGGACAUGCCAACAAAUUUUUAAAGGUCAUUCUCAUUAUGUUAUGCAGAUAGUUUUUAAUCCAAAAGAUGCUAAUACGUUCGCAAGUGCAAGUCUUGACAUGUCGGUGAAAGUCUGGCAGCUUCAAUAUUCCACUGCAAACUUCACUCUAAAAGGUCACGAAAAAGGUGUCAAUUGUGUUGAUUAUCACCAAAGUGGAGACAAGCCCUACUUGGUUACUGGUUCAGAUGAUCGCCGUGUGAAAAUAUGGGAUUAUCAAAACAAAGUUUGUAUUCAAACAUUAGAAGGUCACGAGCAAAACAUAUCAGCAGUAGUAUUUCACACUGAACUUCCUAUUCUCCUAACAGGCUCGGAGGAUGGCACAGUUAAAAUAUGGCAGGUUGGUGUUUUUAAACUUGAACAAACUCUUAACUACAGUUUCGAGCGAGUUUGGAGCAUAUCAUCAAUUAACAAAUCUAAUAAUAUCGUUAUUGGGUUUGAUGAAGGUUUUAUUAUGGUUCAACUAGGAAAAGAAAAACCAGCCAUAUCAAUGGAUGUCAAUGGACAUAAAGUUGUACGUGCUAAACAUUAUGAGAUUCAGCAAGUAAAUUUAAAGCCAGUACCAAGAGGUACUGAUCUGGAAGAUGGCCAAAUAGUACCCAUCGUUUCCAUGAAAGACAUGGGUACAUGUGAAGUCUAUCCACACUCAAUUGCUUAUAGUCCAAACAAUCGGUUCGUCGCUGUGUGUGGCGAUGGGGAGUUCAUCAUAUAUACAGCUGCAGCAUUAAGAACCAAAGCUUUUGGUAUAGCACAGGAAUUUGUAUGGUCCUUUGAUAGCUCCGGAUAUGCUGCUUUGGAAAACUCAACGACAAUAAGAAUUUUUAAGAGUUUUAAGGAAGUCAAAUGUUUCUUGCCAAAAUAUGGUGCUGAAAAUAUUUUCGGAGGCUUCAUGCUUGGUGUUAAAUCGAUUAAUGACGCAACAUUUUCGUUUUAUGACUGGGAAAAUUUGGAUCUUAUCCGCAGAAUUGAUAUUCAACCACGUUAUGUUUUUUGGUCUGAAAAUGCUCAAUUCGUAUGUUUGGCUAAAAAUGAAACAUUUUAUAUGUUGCGUUUUGAUGCAAAUGCUGUAGCUUGCGCUAGAGAAAAUGAUGCCGAAAUAUCUGAAGAUGGUAUCAAUAAUGCUUUUAAGGUUAUCGAUAUAAUCCAAGAAAACGUAAAUUCAGGUUCUUGGGUUGGAGAUUGUUUCAUUUAUACCAAUAUAUACAAUAACAUUAAUUAUUAUGUAGGCGGAGAAAUUGUUAACAUCUCAAAUGUUGAUCAUCCUAUAUAUGUACUCGGAUAUGAACCCAAUGAAUGUAGAUUAUAUAUGAACGAUAAAGACCUUAAUAUUGUGUCCUAUUAUCUUGCCUCACACGAACUCGAGUUUUACAUCGCUGUUAUGAGGCGAGAUCUGGAGACUGCUGAACAUGUCUAUUACUAUGUCCCUUUCAAGGAUCGUUUAAGAUUAGCUCAAUUUUUGGAAAAACAAGGCCACAAAGAGCUGGCUAUGAAUAUUUCUACCGACCCUGUGCACCGCUUUGAAAUUGCUGUUUCUAUUGGUGAUCUUACUAGUGCAAAGUACCUCGCCGAAGAAGCUACCUUAGCAGAGGGUGCACCAUCUAAAGUUUCUGAAGCAAGAUGGUCCCGACUAGGUACACUUGCGUCAAAAGCUGGUGAAAUAGAAUUGACGAAACUCGCCUACAUAAAUGCGCGCGAUUAUAGCUCAUUAUUGAUUUUCGCAGUCAGUUCAGGUGACAAAAUUUUGUUAGAAGAAGUUGCAAAGAAAUCGUCAGAAGAUGGGCAGGAUAAUAUUGCAUUCAUGGCUUAUUUUACCCUUAAUAAGUUAAACGAAUGUCUUGAACUACUAAUUGAUCAAAAUAAAUUACCCGAAACUGCUUUCUUUGCUCGGUCCUACGUGCCAUCAAAACUGGAAGAGGUAUCCAAACUUUGGAAGAAAAAUACUCCCAAACAAAAGUAUACACGAUCUUUUGCAAGUUUCGAAAGAUUUGAAAAUUUGUUUUCCUAUCAAAGAAAGCCAGAAAAGUUAGAAAAGUUACGCAACUUAUUCGGUGUCCAGCAUAAUACAGACUUUAAAACUUUAUUAGAAAGUAUGAUAAAGAAUUAUGAUGAAGUACAACUUUCCGAUGGCAAAGGAGACUUAGAGAGAGCAGGGAUAUAUGCACCUGAUCACGAGGACUAAUUUUUAAAAAUGAAAUCAAAUCUUUUAUGAUUUACAACCGAUUUGAUAAAGACGUGUUUCUAUAAGGAAAAAUUUUUUAGCAAAAUAAUAAAAUGUAUUUUUUGAAC